GGCAAUAUGGCUUCCUGCACCUGGUGACUGUGGGAGAAACUGAGUUAGGGCUCAUGGAGAAGGCCCGGGGCGUGGAGGAGACCCCGUCUUCCGAACCAAUGGAGGAAGAGGAGGAAGAUGAUGACUUGGAGCUGUUUGGUGGCUAUGACAGUUUCCGGAGUUACAAUAGCAGUGUGGGCAGUGAGAGCAGCUCCUAUCUGGAGGAGUCCAGUGAAGCAGAAAACGAGGACCGGGAGGCAGGGGAGCUGCCCACCUCCCCCCUGCAUCUGCUCAGCCCUGGGACACCCCGCUCUUUGGAUGGCAGCGGUUCUGAGCCAGCUGUCUGUGAGAUGUGUGGUAUCGUGGGCACGAGGGAAGCCUUCUUCUCCAAAACCAAGAGGUUCUGCAGUGUCUCCUGUUCCAGGAGCUACUCCUCCAACUCUAAGAAAGCCAGUAUCUUGGCUCGAUUACAGGGAAAACCACCUACCAAGAAAGCCAAAGUCCUGCAUAAGGCAGCAUGGUCUGCCAAAAUUGGGGCCUUCCUCCAUUCCCAAGGGACAGGACAGCUAGCAGAUGGGACGCCAACGGGACAAGACGCUCUGGUCUUGGGUUUCGACUGGGGGAAGUUCCUGAAGGACCACAGUUACAAGGCAGCUCCUGUCAGCUGUUUCAAACACGUCCCGCUCUAUGACCAAUGGGAGGAUGUGAUGAAGGGGAUGAAGGUGGAGGUGCUCAACAGUGAUGCUGUCCUCCCCAGCCGGGUGUACUGGAUCGCCUCUGUCAUCCAGGCAGCAGGGUAUCGAGUGCUGCUUCGGUAUGAAGGGUUCGAAAACGACGCCAGCCACGACUUCUGGUGCAACCUGGGAACCGUGGAUGUACACCCCAUUGGCUGGUGUGCUAUCAACAGCAAAAUCCUGGUUCCACCUCGCACCAUCCAUGCCAAGUUCACUGACUGGAAGGGCUACCUCAUGAAACGCUUGGUGGGCUCCAGGACGCUCCCCGUGGAUUUCCACAUCAAGAUGGUGGAGAGCAUGAAGUACCCCUUUCGGCAGGGCAUGCGGCUGGAGGUGGUGGACAAGUCCCAGGUGUCACGGACCCGCAUGGCCGUGGUGGACACGGUGAUCGGGGGUCGCCUGCGGCUCCUCUAUGAGGACGGGGACAGUGACGAUGACUUCUGGUGCCACAUGUGGAGCCCUCUGAUCCACCCAGUGGGCUGGUCCCGGCGAGUCGGCCACGGCAUCAAGAUGUCAGAGAGGCGAAGUGACAUGGCCCACCAUCCCACCUUCCGGAAGGUCUACUGCGAUGCCGUUCCCUACCUGUUCAAGAAGGUGCGAGCUGUCUACACAGAAGGUGGCUGGUUUGAGGAGGGGAUGAAGCUGGAGGCCAUUGACCCUCUGAACCUGGGUAACAUCUGCGUGGCAACCAUCUGCAAGGUCCUCCUGGACGGCUACCUGAUGCUCUCUGUGGAUGGGGGGCCCUCCACAGAUGGCUCAGACUGGUUCUGCUACCACGCCUCCUCCCACGCCAUCUUCCCAGCCACCUUCUGCCAAAAGAAUGACAUUGAGCUCACACCCCCUAAAGGGUACGAGGCACAGACUUUCACCUGGGAGGCCUACCUGGAGAAGACCAAGUCAAAAGCAGCUCCCUCAAGACUCUUCAACAUGGACUGCCCCAACCACGGCUUCAAGGUGGGCAUGAAGCUGGAGGCCGUGGACCUCAUGGAGCCCCGGCUUAUCUGCGUGGCCACGGUGAAGCGGGUGGUGCACCGGCUCCUCAGCAUCUACCAGCUCCAGCCGCCGGUGGCUGCAGAACCUGCCACACCUCUGAAGGCCAAAGAGGCCACAAAGAAGAAAAAGAAACAGUUUGGGAAGAAAAGGAAAAGAAUCCCACCUACCAAGACCCGGCCCCUAAGACAGGGAUCCAAGAAGCCCCUGCUGGAGGGCGAGCCGCAGGCCUCAGGGAAGACCUCGCCGGAGCCCAUUCCUGUGCCUGAGAUCGUUGCAGUGUGCGUGAAGGAGGAGCAUCUGCACGUGGACCCACCCGGCGAGGUCCCCAGCCCGGAGCUGCCUGUCCCCGUUGAGAGCAUCAAGCAGGAGACCGAUGACUGAGCACUUCCCGCUGGAAGCCAGCCCAGGGCCACAGCAGAGGGAUGCCCGGGGCUCCCGCUGCCACCACCCCAGCCCCUUCGGUUUGGAGACUGGGCCUUUUUGCACAAAUUCUGCCAGGUGCUGUGACAGCCUCGCCUGGGGUUGCCUUGACCUGCCCCCGGCGCCCCUGCCCCCUUUGACAAGGCUACGUUUCCAGGGCAUGAGGCAUCCAAGCUCGUCUCCACAUCCUCCCAGAUGGAGUUCGCGAGGCCAGGGCACUGGCUGCCAGCCCUGAUCUUCCCUCCAGCAGCCUCCAUGCCCAGCUGCCGUCAGCGCGGGGGCUGCCCAGUCACACUGGAAGACCGGGCAGGCAGUGAACAGUGAGUGUGCGCCGAGGCAAAUAAAGUUCUGGAGCAGCUCUGA